AUGGUUUCGAAAUCUCAAAGUAAGGAUGCUCAAGCAUCAAAAGGUCAAGGCAAGGACAUUGCAGUUUCAAAGGCACAAAUGGGUGAAUCCAAAUUUGUUCCAAGCAAUCCCGCAAAGAAGAAGAGAUUUACUUCAUCCUAUGAGAAAGACCCAAGCUCCGCGACAUUUGAUGAAGUGACGAAACCGACUCGCGGUAUCAACACAAUGAGUCGUGUUGUGGAGAGGAAAAUCCAGAAGAUUAAGCCUGUGGUUGAGUACAAUAAAAGUGGCAGACCACAUGGCAAGGCUGCUGUUGAGAUGCAGAGUUACAUUGGUGUUUUGGCACGCACCAGAGUCCCUCUUGUGGUCAAUUGCCCAAGGACCUAA